GGCCGGAGCAGCGGCGGUGCUGGCGUGUCCGGGCUGAGAGGAGCCGCCUGCCCAAGCUCGCUGAGGGGGCACCGGCGGGAGGAGCGAGGCACAAUCCAGGCGUGGGGAAGGCAGGCAGCCAGCCGACAGGAGCCGCCGCCGCACCGGUCUCGCAGCAGCAGCGACUUCUUCUUUCUUAUCACCCAGCCUUUGUUCGCCCAUCCUCCUCCUCCUCCUCUGCCCACCCUCUGCACCGCGGAGGGGGUUCGGCAGAGAGAAAAGCAGCCUGACCCAGAGCUGAGUUUCACCCAUCCUCCGCCCCUCUUUCUCGCUCCGUCUCUUCCCCCUGCUGCAUCGCUGCCCAUGAGCUAGAGCGGCAGCCGGCUCCGGCAGGCGGGGGCAGACGCCGUCCGCAGCCCCCGGCAGCUGCCGCUGCCCCAUCGGCCUCCCUGCUGCUUUCCUCGCCCCGCUUCGCGGGCUCCAGCCGCGCUCCGGGACUGCUGGGGGCCGCCCUGCCGCCGCCCCUCCUCGUCUCCAUGUGCCGAGUAACGGGAGCGCCGCCGCGGAUCCUGCCGCCGCUGGCGCUGAUGCUGCUGGCGGCCCUGCAGCAGGCACCCAUAAAAGCAACCUGUGAAGAUCUGUCAUGCAAGACUGGAUUUCCUGAAGACGUUCAGAGCGCGGUGGUGUCGAGGAGCGUGCACGGAGGACAGCCUCUUCUCAACGUGAGGUUUCGAAGCUGUGAUGGAAACAAAAAAAUACACUUUGGCAGCAGUGAGCCAGAAGCUUUCAGAGUAGGUGAGGAUGGUGUGGUCUACGCGGAGCGAAGCUUCCAACUUUCAGCAGAGCCCACAGAGUUCGUCGUGUCUGCUCAAGACAAGGAAACCCAGGAAGAGUGGCAAAUGAGAGUGAAGCUAACCCCUGAGCCAGCUUCAGAACAGGACCAAAAGAAAAUUGAAGACAUCGUAUUUCCAUGGCAACAACACAAGCACAGCAGCCCUCUGAAGAGGCAGAAGAGAGACUGGGUUAUUCCUCCAAUCAACCUACCAGAAAAUUCCAGAGGACCAUUUCCUCAGGAAUUAGUGAGGAUUAGGUCUGAUCGUGACAAGAGCCUCUCGCUGCGCUACAGCGUGACGGGCCCAGGAGCUGACCAACCUCCAACUGGCAUCUUCAUCAUCAACCCCAUCUCAGGGCAGCUGUCUGUGACAAAGCCUUUAGACCGGGAGCAGAUUGCUUCUUUUCAUCUGAGAGCACAUGCAGUGGACGUGAAUGGAAACCAGGUGGAGAACCCUAUUGACAUUGUUAUUAAUGUCAUUGAUAUGAAUGACAACAGACCUGAAUUCUUACACCAGGUUUGGAAUGGGACAGUCCCAGAAGGAUCAAAGCCAGGAACCUAUGUGAUGACUGUUACUGCCAUCGAUGCUGAUGAUCCCAACGCUCAGAACGGGAUGCUCAGAUACAGGAUUUUGUCCCAGGCCCCGAGCAGUCCCUCUCCAAACAUGUUCACCAUCAACAACGAGACCGGUGACAUUAUCACUGUAGCAGCUGGCCUUGACAGAGAGAAAGUGCAACAAUACACAUUAAUAAUUCAAGCUACGGACAUGGAAGGAAACCCAACAUAUGGUCUUUCAAACACAGCAACUGCUGUCAUCACUGUGACAGAUGUCAAUGACAAUCCUCCAGAGUUCACUGCCAUGACUUUCUAUGGGGAGGUGCCAGAAAACAGGGUGGAUGUGAUCGUGGCGAACCUGACGGUGACGGAUAAGGACCAGCCCCACACGCCUGCCUGGAACGCCAUGUACCGCAUGACCGGAGGGGACCCCACGGGGCGCUUCACCAUCCUCACCGACCCCAACAGCAACGAUGGGCUGGUCACUGUCGUCAAGCCUAUUGACUUCGAGACCAACAGGAUGUUUGUCUUGACUGUAGCUGCGGAAAACCAAGUGCCUUUGGCGAAGGGGAUCCAGCAUCCUCCUCAGUCAACAGCAACCGUGUCCAUCACGGUCAUUGAUGUGAAUGAGAGUCCAUAUUUUGUCCCAAACCCUAAGCUGGUACGCCAAGAAGAAGGGCUGCUUGCUGGCAGCAUGCUGACAACUUUCACUGCUCAGGACCCAGACCGUUACAUGCAGCAAACCUCUCUAAGGUACUCCAAACUUUCAGAUCCUGCCAACUGGUUGAAAAUUGACCCUGUUAAUGGACAAAUAACUACUACAGCUGUUUUGGACAGAGAGUCAAUAUAUGUGCAAAACAAUAUGUACAAUGCAACCUUUCUUGCUUCUGAUAAUGGAAUUCCCCCAAUGAGUGGAACUGGCACACUUCAGAUCUAUCUGCUGGACAUCAAUGAUAAUGCCCCCCAAGUGAACCCAAAAGAAGCCACCACCUGUGAAACUCUGCAGCCUAACGCAAUUAACAUCACUGCCAUCGACCCUGACAUAGAUCCAAACGCAGGCCCCUUUGCCUUUGAGCUGCCUGAUACCCCUGCCAGUAUUAAGAGGAAUUGGACCAUUGUUCGAAUUAGUGGUGAUCACGCCCAGCUUUCUUUAAGGAUCAGGUUCCUGGAGGCUGGCAUCUACGAUGUGCCCAUAGUAAUUACAGACUCUGGAAACCCACAUGCAUCCAGCACUUCUGUGCUGAAAGUGAAGGUUUGCCAGUGUGACAUAAAUGGAGACUGCACCGACGUCGACCGGAUCGUUGGUGCAGGCCUGGGCACUGGAGCCAUCAUUGCAAUCCUGCUUUGUAUCAUCAUCUUGCUCAUUCUGGUGCUGAUGUUCGUGGUGUGGAUGAAGCGCCGGGAUAAAGAGCGUCAGGCAAAGCAGCUCUUGAUUGAUCCAGAGGAUGAUGUGAGGGACAACAUUCUGAAGUACGACGAAGAAGGUGGUGGGGAAGAAGAUCAGGAUUAUGACUUGAGCCAGCUCCAGCAGCCUGACACCGUGGAACCAGAUGCCAUCAAACCUGUUGGAAUCAGACGUCUUGAUGAAAGGCCAAUCCAUGCAGAACCUCAGUAUCCAGUCAGAUCAGCUGCUCCUCAUCCUGGAGACAUUGGGGACUUCAUUAAUGAGGGACUUAAAGCGGCCGACAACGACCCUACAGCCCCACCAUAUGACUCCCUCUUAGUCUUUGACUAUGAAGGAAGUGGCUCCACUGCUGGCUCCUUGAGCUCCCUUAACUCCUCAAGUAGUGGUGGUGAGCAAGACUAUGACUACCUAAAUGACUGGGGCCCACGUUUCAAGAAACUGGCCGACAUGUACGGCGGAGGCGACGACUGAACUUGGAAGCGAACUUUGUUUAUGGACAAGUACAAACAUUUCAACUGAUAUUCCCCAAAAAAAAGCAUACCAGAAGCUAGGCUUUAACUUUGUAGUCUACUAGCACAAGUGCUUGCUGAAGGCUUUGGCUUAGGCUGCAAACCCAAUUUGGGCUCCGUGGAAUAUCAGUGAUCCAAUGCUGUUUGGAAAACGAAACGAAAAUGUUGAGCUCAGUUACACUUGAAUUUUACAGUACAGAAGCACUGGGAUUUUAUGUGCCUUUUUGUACCUUUUUCAGAUGGGAAUUAGUUUUAUGUUUAAGGCUUUAAUGGUACUGAUUUCUGAGAUGAUGCAUUCAAACAGGAGGAAAAAAAAGAGACAAGAUAUGUUGGGGGUGUCGGGGAGGAGCCAGGUGAAACACAAUCUGCUUCAACGUGCUUUUGUUACAUCGCCUUGCUUUUAUCAACAGGAGGAGAUGGAAAGAGAUAGGAAAAAAAGAAAGAAACAACAAAAAAACCACACAAAAAAAAAGAGAAAAAAAAAAAAAGCCUCAUGGAGCAAUUUUAUUACCUGGGAGAGAAGGGCCAUGAGGUGAAACGAUGUACAUUACUUCUAGUUUUAGAUGUUAGGGGAUUUGUUUUUUGUUGGUUUGUUGGUUUGGGUUUACUUUUCUUUUUUCCCCCACUAAAAACUUCAAUGCAGCUGGUUGCAAAUAAAGGGAGUUUUCAUACCACCAGUUUGGAGCAGGACUGAUUGAUUUCUUUGCUUGUUCCUUUAUUCUUCCUGUCCGUUUAUUGCAUUUAUUUUGCCCUAUGUUUUAUUUUUUGGCCAGGACUUUUUGGUCUUCAUCCAUCAACACUUUGGGUUUUUGAUUUCUCCUUUUAAUUUCUACUACAUUUCCCUCCCCCCCCCCCCCCCUCACUUCACUGUAAAAACAAAACAAACCCCACAAAACAAAACAAACCCCACCAAAAAAAAAUAAUGGUAUGUGUACAUAAUUGUUUUAUUGGCAUAGUCUGUGGAGAAGUGCAGCAACUUCAGAACACGUGUAUGUAUUCUUUGGGCUAUGGAUUCAGGUUUUUUGCAUGUUUAUAUCUUUUGUUAUGGAUAAAGUAUUUACCAAACAGGUUGCAAA